AUGAUGGCUGAUGCAAGGGAUGAGAACGCCAGUAUGUUGGUUCACAGGUCAAGAUUCGUGGAUUACACGCCGUCUAAUAUAACUUCAGUAGCAUUCUCACAUCGUUCGACGACUAAAAAUGUUACACCAUCGGAUCUAAGACUGGCUAUUGGUAGAUCAAAUGGUAACAUUGAAAUAUGGAACCCAAGAAAUGACUAUAUCCAGGAGAGAGUGCUCUUUGGUGGUGUCAACAGAUCAAUUGAAGGUCUUGUUUGGUGUAAUGUCAGUGGUGAACCGUUGCGUCUAUUCUCCAUUGGUGGCUCCACUGUGAUUACUGAGUGGGAUCUUGCUAGUGGGUUACCUUUGAAAAAUUACGACUGUAAUGCCGGUGUUAUCUGGUCGAUAGCCAUAAACGAAUCUCAAGAUAAGUUGGCUGUAGGUUGUGAUAAUGGUACUGUGGUUAUAGUGGAUAUUUCCGGCGGGAAAGGCUUUAUGGAGCACGAUUUGAUUCUUGUUAGACAAGAAGCAAGGAUCUUAUCUCUAUGCUGGAACCAUGACGAUUUCGUUAUAGGUGGUUGCUCAGACGGUAGAGUCAGAGUAUGGUCUGCCAAACCAAAAGAUUUGAAUAGAGGUAGGCUAUUAAACACUAUGAAAGUCGACAAGUCCAAGAGAGAAUCUACUCUCGUUUGGUCUGUUUUAUAUUUACCUGCAUCUAACCAAAUUGUAUCUGGUGAUUCCACAGGUUCCGUCAAAUUCUGGGAUUUCCAAUUUUCAACAUUAGUUCAAUCAUUUAAAACACAUGAAGCAGAUGUCUUGUGUUUAAGUACCGAUGUAACGAACAGUAUGAUUUUCUCUGCAGGUGUUGAUAGAAAAAUUUUCCAAUAUAGCCACAUGUCGAGUAGCAACAAGAAAAAUUCCAAAUCAUGGAUUAGUACAUCAAAUAGAUUACUUCAUGGUAAUGAUGUUAGAGCUUUAUGCUCCUAUCAAUCAAAGGGAGCUGAAUUUUUGAUUUCAGCAGGUUUAGAAAAGACAUUCGUCGUUAGUUCAUUAUCAUCUUUUGCUGACGGAAGUUACAGAAAGAUUCCAUUUGUUGCACCAUUUACCAAGAAUGUGUUAGUCAAUAAGGAACAAAGGUUAGUAGUUAUGUGGAAUGAGAAUAUUAUCAAGAUUUGGAAAAUUGGAACAGACACUAAUGAUGAAAGAAAUUACAGCUUAGUUUGUAAAUUAACAUUGAAAGAUGAACAAAAUAUUUCUUGUUGUGCCAUGUCUCCAGAUGGUCAAGUAUUAGUGGUUGGUAGAACGAAUACUACAAAGCUGUUCCAUUUACAGCCUACAGGGCAGAAAUUGAAGGUUACCAAGUUAGAAAAUGAUUUACUACUAAAGACAGGUUCUAAACUCAUCAAAUUCGUUGAUAAUUCAAAAAUUAUCCUCUGUUCAAUCGAUGAUGAAAUUUUAAGAAUGGAUCUUGAGGCGGAUGAUGACGAAAGGUUUGAUGAGAUUGAACUACUUGAAGCACCAUCUACAAAGAGUAGCAUAAAAGUUCCAUAUCUAAAUAACGUCAAUAAUUUGGAAGUAUCAGGAACGUAUGCUGUUUAUUCUCGCUAUUGUGGUACAGUUGAUUUGAUUGAUUUGGCGACUAAUAAAGUCAACUCGAUGGUGCGUCUCACAAAUUUCAUAACUUCAGUACAGAUAAAUGAGAGUAGAUCCACAGUACUUGUAGUGACCGCUGAAAAUAAAAUCUACGAACUUAAUAUCAAUAAAAGCACUAAUUCAUUGCAAGAUGAAAAUGUGGAUGAAUCACUUUUAUCUGCAUGGUCCAAAAAUAAUACAGAAAAUUUACCAAAGCAACUUCAAUACUCAAAAGAUAAAUGUGUAGGGAUAUUUAUUGAUGGACAAGACAUGAAUAAGGUAUGGUUCUGGGGCGCUACUUGGAUUGCCAGCUUGGACUUUUCAAAAGAUCUUCCGAUAAGUAAGAGAAGAAAACCAAAAAAGCGUAGCCACGACAGUCUAACCAUUACCGAUGACAGUAAUUUCAUGAACUAUAAUGACGAGGAGGAUGAUAUAGACAUGGAAUUCACUGAAAAUGCAAGUAUUCUACUUGAUAAAGCUAAUAACAACGGUGGCACUAGCAAUAAGGCAAGAGACAUAGGAGAUAGUCAAGCUUUCUUCUUUACAGACAAAUACAAACCAAUUCUCUUUACUGACUCUAUAUCAGAAAACGAGCUAGUAAUCGUCGAAAGACCAGCCUUAAUGGUUACAUCCCAAGAAAAAUCCUACGCAUUACCAAAACUGGUAUUUUAA